GAACGGGAAGCGGGGUCAAGGUUGGGAGAGGAAAUACGUCGUCCUGGACGGGACUAAAGUCUCCAUCUAUGAGAUCGAGCCGAGAGAAGAUUCUGUGAAGCCACUGGAGGAGUUUGACUUGUGUCUGUCAGAGGGAGAGGUGAUGAUUCAUGGAGCAGUCGGAGCAUCGGAGCUCCCGAACACGGCCAAGUCUGACGUGGCCUACGUCCUGAAGCUGGAGUCUCGUUGCCACGCCCCCUGCUGGCCGGGUCAGGCCAUCUACUUCAUGGCCCCCAGUUUCCCGGACAAGCAGCGCUGGGUGGCCGUGAUGGAGGCUGUGGUGGGCGGCGGGCGAGCCGCUCGGGAGAAGGCUGAGGCUGACGCAAAGCUGCUGGGAAACUCUCUGCUAAAGCUGGAGGGGGACGACAGACUGGACAUUAACUGCACCCUCCCUCUAACCGAUCAGAUCGUUCUGGUUGGAUCUGAGGAGGGACUGUACGCUCUGAACGUCAUCAAGAACUCCCUGACCCACAUCCCUGGUCUGGGAUCGGUUUUUCAGAUACAGAUCAUCAAAGAGCAGGAGAAACUGCUGAUGAUUGUUGGGGAUGAGAGGGCGCUGUGUCUGGUGGAGAUUAAACGGGUGAAGCAGUCUCUGGCUCAGUCCCACCUGCCCAGCCAGACCGAACUGGCUCCCUACAUCUUUGAGACGGUGAAAGGUUGCCACCUGUUCGCCGCUGGAAGGGUGGACAACGGGCCGUGUAUAUGUGCUGCCAUGCCGAACAAGAUAACCAUCCUGCGCUACAAUGAGAAUCUGAACAAAUACUGCAUCCGCAAGGAAAUUGAAACCUUGGAGCCCUGCAGCUGCAUCCACCUGACCAGCUACAGCAUCAUAAUCGGCACCAACAAGUUCUAUGAGAUUGAAAUGAAGCAGUACGUCCUGGAAGAGUUCCUGGACAAGAACGACGUGUCUCUGGCAUCCGCCCUGUUCGCCACCUCCUCUCACAGCUUCCCCAUCGCCAUCCUGCAGGUGGCCAGCAGCAUGCAGAAGGAGGAGUACCUCCUCUGCUUUCAUGAGUUCGGUUUCUUUGUGGAUUCUUACGGAAGAAGAAGUCGUACCGAUGAGAUCAAGUGGAGCCGAGUGCCUCUGUCUUUUGCCUACAGAGAGCCCUACCUGUUUGUCACCUAUUUUAACUCCCUGGAUGUGAUUGAAAUUCAGGGACACGGAGCAGCGGGCCCGGCAGUGCUGGCUCACCUGGACAUUCCUAACCCUCGUUACCUGGGCCCAGCCAUCUCCUCUGGAGCCAUUUACCUGGCCUCCUCCUAUCAGAGCAAACUACGGGUCAUCUGCUGUAAGGGAAGCCUGAUCAGGGAGUCCGGAGAGCUGCAGAGGACCGGCUCCAGCAGAGGUAGUCCCAGUAAGCGAGGCCCCCCCACCUACUCGGAGCACAUCACCAAGCGCUUGACUUCGGGCCCCGGCAGCCAUGACGGUUUGCACCGUGAACCCAGCACCCCGCACCGCUACCGGGAGGGCCGCACAGAGUUCAGGAGAGACAAGUCCCCCGCCCGGCCGCUGGACAGAGAGAAGUCCCCCGGCAGGGUGCUGGACAGUCGCAGGGAGCGCUCCCCAGGGAGGUUUGGGGACAGCACCCGACUCCAUGCCGGGUCGGUCCGAACGCAGCUGGCCCCUGUUAACAAGGUCUGGGAUCAGUCAUCGGUGUGAGCCCUUGCCCCGCCCCCCCAUGCUGAGGAAACCCUCACCCCUCUGAGCUCCAGCACACACCGCUCCAUGUGUGAGGGCGGCCGUCAGCCCUCUCGCCUGUACAUACUGCAGCCUGAGGCCCGGCAGGAGCCUCCAGUGACAAUCCGCAUCCCGACAUGUGCUUUCAUGGACAUUCACCCGCAGUAGAUAUGGUUGGCAGGCAGGCGGCGCUGUUCUCCAGGUUGUGAGAAUCUUUUCUUAUCUACUCAGCUGUACAUACCUGUGUGAGUUUUUAUAAAGGGAACAGUUGGCUGGAGAAGCCUGAUCUAUAUUUUUUAAUGAGUUUCUAAAGAUGUUUAACGGAGAUUCGUGACGCUGUUGGCUGAGAAGCAGAAAUAAUCCCCUCAGUAUGAAGUCCGGCUCUAAGGUUGAGGAGUGUCUCUGGUUUUCCCCUCAUAGCUGGUGUAGAGGAAGCAGCCUGAAGGCCAACUCUGCACUGGACUGGGAUGGAAGAGGAGCUACAGACUGGUUCUGGUCACAUGACCGCUCCGGCCUCCUUCCCUUCAGAUCCUCUUCACUAAACUAGCCUCUGAUAUUUAAACGCAUAUGAUUGCUUCUUGACCGUUGUUGUCCAGCAGCGUUUUGCUCCAAGUGUUCUUUGUGGCGUUUUCUUGGCAAACCUACAGCUCUGCCUCUGGUGCCGGACCGCUCCAGCUCGCUACUAGCCCGCCGCCGCCGCUGAUUGUGGUGCAGACGUCCUGUUUCUGUGCAGUGCUAGUGACCGUCUGGGGGUGGGGUCAUCGCCUCCCCCUGUUGUUUCUCCGGGCCGGUCGGAAACACCUCCACUCUUCACAUCAGUGAGCAUGACUUCCUAACGGAGCUUUAGUUGCUUUUGGAUCUUGAUUCUUUCUCUUGGUUGUUCUCUUUUUGUCAUGUAAUCACUUGACUUUGCAUUUAAUAGGUAGACAUUGAUGUUAGUAACUUAAGCUUUUCUUGAUUUCUAAACAUGUAUA